AUGGCGUCUCAUCUCUCCUCCGUCCACUCCCAUUCCGCACCCCCCCCGCUCCAGACGGUGGUGGGCCAGAAGGCAGCAGCAGAAGCAGCCAUGAGGGGGCAGCUGGAGGGGCUGGCAGCGGGGGUGGAGGGGGAGCGGGCCGCUCGGGAAUCGGCGCUGGAUGCUCUGAUGACGGACUUUGAAAGCAGAGUGUGCGGAAGUGGGAGCGAACUCCUGGUGGGAGCGAACUCCUGGUGGGAGCGAACUCCUCGCGAAGAGACUCUGGAUGCUCUGGUGUCGGACUUUGAGGGCAGAGUGUGCGUGGGAGUGGGGGGGAUGUGUGCGUGGGAGUGGGGGGGGUGUGUGCGUGGGAGUGGGGGGGAUGUGUGCGUGGGAGUGGGGGGGAUGUGUGCGUGGGAGUGGGGGGGAUGUGUGCGUGGGAGUGGGGGGGAUGUGUGCGUGGGAGUGGGGGGGAUGUGUGCGUGGGAGUGGGGGGGAUGUGUGCGUGGGAGUGGGGGGGAUGUGUGCGUGGGAGUGGGGGGGAUGUGUGCGUGGGAGUGGGGGGGAUGUGUGCGUGGGAGUGGGGGGGAUGUGUGGGUGUGUGGAGGCCGUGUAUCUGUACUACUGAGAGGUGGAACGAACGUCAUGGGAGGUCUGCCCGUCUCCCUCCACCCUCAUCUGUCCGCCCGCCCUUCGCCACCAUCACCCCCCUCUGCUACAGGCCCCAAUGAACCCUCUUAUUCUCUCCCCCAUCCACACUCCGUUUACUUUCUCAUCCCCCAUCCUCCCUCUCCUCUCCCCUUUGCCCCUACACGCACCCACAGGUCUGCCCGUCUCCCUCCACCCUCAUCUGCCCGCUCGACCCUCCCCACCAUCACCUCCUCUGCUACAGCUGCCCCCACCGAACCAGACUCCAUCUCACAGCCCUCCACACUCGCUCCUCCUCCCCACACUCCCACCCUCCCUCCCUCCUCCUUCACCUCCUCGCUCCGCUCGUCCCUCCCCUCUUCGCUCUCCACCUCGCUCACCACCUUCGUGAGCAGCAGCAGUGAGAUAGAGGCACUGGCACAACGAGCUAGAGCCGCUGCUCUGGCUGCUGCUGCCGCCGCUGCUGGCAGGGGUGGUGGUGGUGCGGCUGCUGCUGCUCCUGGUGCUGCAGAUUUCGCUGCUCUGCCUGGUGUCAGUGCUGGUGGUGGGGAUUUUCCUGGAGUGGCAGAGGCAGGAGGCAUGAUGGCUUACCCUGGAGGAGGGCCACACACUUCCCUCAUCCCCACCAGCAGCACGGGGGCAAACAGUGCAGUGACUGAGAGGAACGAUGGUGGGGGUGGAGGGUGGAGCCUGGGGCUGGGGCUGCGAUGGAGUGGAGGCAGGGUGCAGCGCAGACAGCGAUUUGUGGUGGACACGGCUUGGCUGGAAGGGAUCAGGCGGGUGAGUGAGUCGGGGUAG